AUGGAGAGCAAUCCUACUCUUGAGGGGAUGAAGCAUAUAGUCACACUCAGCUACAACCACCUGCCUCACGGGCUCAAGGGUUGCAUGAUGUACCUUAGCAUCUUCCCGGAGGAUAAUGAGAUCAACAAGGAUCGACUCUUGAGAAGAUGGAUCGCCAAAGGAUUGGUUCCGGAGAAGCGAGGCUUGACCCCAAUGGAGGUUGCAGAAUCCUACUUGGACGAGCUAGUGAGCAGGAACAUGGUUGUACCACAUUUUGGCUAUGAUGGUAAGGUGGAGUCAUGCCGGGUGCACGACAUGCUUCUUGAGGUCAUGGUGUCCAAGUCCCUGGAGUGUAACUUCAUCAGCCUGCUAGGAGGGCAAUAUGCAGCCAUGUCAUAUGACAGGAUCCGUCGCCUCUCCGUCCAGGGGGAUGACGACAUGAGGCCCCAGGGUGCACAGCAGCACAAGAAGAAGAUGACUGGACAAGGCAUUGGGGGAAUGGAUGUGGAGCAUGACUUCUGCAACGACGAAGUCUUAGUUGUGCGCAAAAACCACAACUUCCCGGUGCUCAGCAACCUGAUAGUUACCUAUAAACGAAAAAUGCCCAGAGUUUUCCAAUUUGAGCAAGGAUCCAUGGCACGGCUUGAGAUACUUCAAAUAGGAUUCAGUAAUGCGGAUCAGAGCAUUGUCGGCAUCGAGCACUUGACCAAGCUCAAAGAGGUACAGCUCGGCGGUAACAAUGACAGCCAUCCACUGCACCGUGCACUGGAUCAGCUGAAGGCUGAGAACAGGAGGCGCCCCCAGUCCAAUCUGUUCCAAGUUGUGGUGAAAUACGAUUGA